AUGUACUGGUGCGUAUUUGUGCACACAAGGGGGAAGUCUUCUUUUGGGGAAGGGCGAUGCCAACCGCAAUCUGCCUUUCCUGCACAGGUUGUCAUUGGCAACCACAACAUCACCAGAGGCGAGCUUGCGGCUCAGAACAUUUCAAAGGCAACUGGAGCCAAGGUGGAUGCUCUGCCCCUGAAUCUGGGAUCUCUGCAAUCCGUUCGCUCCUUUGCCCGGAGCUUCUACCAGAAGUAUGGCGAGACGCUCAACUUGCUGGUGAACGAUGCUGGAAUAGGUGCCCCCAGCAUUUUGAGCCAAGAUGGUUUCGAGCUGGUUUUCCAGGUGGACUACUUGGGUCCAUUCCUGCUGACAGAGCUGCUGCUCCCGGCACUGCGCCGUGGACGACCUUCCAGGGUCGUGAACGUUGCAAGCGGGGCGAGUGAAAAUGCCUGUGAAGCAAUCGGCCUGCCGCGAGACUGCUUUCAUGACUUCUCGCAUCUUCCACCACCCGUCGUUUCGAACAAGCCCGUGACGAUUCACAGCCGCUCAGGCACAUACCAGCAGAACGCCUCGAACUACGGCGUCGCCAAGUUCUUGCAGAUACAGCAUGCGGCUGAGUUGGCAAGAAGGGAGUCAAGCAAUGGUGUGGAGGCCUCUUCACUCACACCUGGCUUCGCCCUGACCUCGUUCACGGAGAAGGUUGACAUCCACAGCCCCUUCGUCAAGGCGGUCUGCCAGCAGCAGGUGCACCCGCUGCCAGAUCUCCCUGCAAAUAGCUGCCCCUUCUCUGCCGACGAAGGCGCUGCCGUUAUCGCGCAUUGUGCAGUGGGCAACAUCAGGAGUGGAGCUUACUACUCGCGAACCUUUGCCUGUGCGGAGCACCCGGUGACCAUGCAUGGAUUCACGGAGUCCAUGCAAGCAGAACUCUACGAAAAGUCCUUGGCCUGGGCGGGCGAAACCCAGCUCGUGGCCAAGGCGCUUGCCGGACUUUCUUUACGGUUUCUGAGUAGCCCUGGGCAAGUGGUUCGUGGAGAGCAAGUGGCAUCCAACGGCACUGUUCGCUUGCAUGUGGCUUUGCCGACAGGAACACGAACGGUGAGCGCCUUCCUCCAUGCAACCGAGAAUGCAUUGCUGGUCGACUUGCAGGCAGAUGUUGGCAGUGAGGUGGAAGUCACCUUGUGGACGUUCUCGGGCUGCAACGGCCCAGCUCGACCUCCGAUAUCGCCAAGCACCAGCGUGAAGGAAGGGAAGCCGGUGACGAAGACGACGGGUGCUGGUUCAGACCGACUUCCCUCGGAGGUAACGGCAGCUCCGGAGUUGCUGAGGGUCUCGCGCGCAAACGGCUGGCACUUUCAGGCCAAGCAUUAUCCUGUGCAGUGGUUUGGUUUCCAGGCUACGCUGCUGCAAGCUGCUGGGGCUGGCUCUGCUCACAGCCGUUCUUCCUUCGAGCAAGCUGAGGCGAUGGGGCAAUGUGGUGGCAAUCUCCGUGGGCCCUGUGCAAGGGGUGUUUGGAGAACAGACGGCAACACUGGUUCUGCAGAUGAGCCGGAGGAACCUCACAGAAACGCCAGAGUUUCGGCCAUUGCAGCUUCGGCCACCCACUUGGCUUCGUGGGCAUCUUUCUGGGACCGGUCCUACCUUGUCAUCCCAGACUCGCCUGUGACGAUGUUUCACUGGUAUAUGAGCCAGUAUCUUCUUCGCAUCUCGUCUUGGGCUGGCUCCGCUCCUGGUUUAUUCGGCCCGUUCGUGCUGGACGACGAGGUUCUCUGGGCAGGUGAUAUCACCUUAAACUACAAUGCUGAGGCGAUCUAUUACAAUGCAGCUGCAGCCAACCAUCUGGAGGCCUUUUUGCCGUACUUUCGAGCAGUUGUGGACUUUGUGCCGGCAGCCCGCCGCAUGGCUUCGGAGUUGUAUCCACAGUGCCGGGACUCUUUGGCUUUUCCGGCACACAUCCUGCCAAAUGGAGUGCGCGCAGCAGGCGUUGGUGGAGGAGACCUCGCCCAAAAGCAGAUUGGUCUCUUUGCAGCCGUCCCAUUCAUACUGUAUUGGAGAUAUUCCGGCAGCUUGCAGUUUGCGGAGACCUCCUUGCCAUUCCUUGCCGGCGUCGCUCGCUUUUGGGAAUGCAAUCUCGACGUGGGCCAAGAUGGAUAUCUGCACGACGGAGAUGACUGCGCCGAGGAGAUUUGCCUCCCCGAUGGCGAUCUGCAGCCAGAUCCAACUGUGGUCCUGUCGCUCUUGCCCAGCUUCUUCACGAUGGUGGCGGAGGUGGGUUCGGGCCUUCGGGUGCUGCAGAAGCCUCAUAACUGGGUUCUUGUUAAGGGAUUUAAUUUAAGUUGCCAUAAUGGAGAUCUCUAA